CUUUUCUGCCUGUUUUUGUGACACGGGGAUCAGCGGCGCAUGUUGUGCGGUCUCGACGCAGCGUCGAUGUGCGAAGAAGAGCGGAGAUGCGCUUUCUGGACCCACUUUAUUGAUGGUCGCGAGCUUCCAUCGCAGGCCCCAUCCUGUGCUCACUGGAGCCAGUUCCUCAUCUGAGAAUGGUCCGGUGAAACAUAGACUCUGUUUGAGGGUUUUUUUCAGCGAUAAGGUCACGGCUGUCUUUUGAAUUAUGAAGAUUUGGAGCACAGAACAUGUUUUCAGUUACCCAUGGGAGACGGUGAUCAAGGCUGCCAUGAGGAAGUACCCAAACCCCAUGAACCCCAACGUGGUCGGGGUGGACGUGCUGGACCGCAGUCUGGACGAAGAGGGACGCCUGCACAGCCACAGACUCCUCAGCACAGAGUGGGGCCUCCCAGGCAUCGUGCGAGCGAUCCUGGGAACCAGCCAGACGCAGACGUAUGUGAAAGAACAUUCAAUAGUCGACCCAGAGGAGAAAAAAAUGGAGCUGUGCUCAACAAAUAUUACUCUCACCAACCUGAUUUCAGUGGACGAGCGGCUUCUGUACAGACCCCACCCAGACAACCCUGAGGUCACUGUCCUGACCCAGGAAGCCAUCAUCACAGUGAAGGGAGUGAGUCUGAGCAGUUACCUGGAGGGGAUGAUGGCGAGGAGAAUGUCAGCCAACGCCAGGAAGGGCUGGGAUGCUAUUGAGUGGAUUAUUCAGAACUCUGAAAGAGAGAACGUACCUCUCUGUGACAUUUACUAGCUCUGGACUGCAGUUUUACAGCGAGGACUGCUUUCCCUGGCCGCACCUCAUAAAGCACUGGGGAGUCUGAACAUCUCGGGAUCCUCUGCAGCUGGUACUUAUACCAUCAGGGAGGCUCUGUUGGAUUUUCAUCCCACACCGCCUCUCUCACCUCUUACGUAGUACAUGCACUGGAAGCUCAGAGUGAAUUGCUGCCAAAGUGGAAUGGUUAUCAGAGAGUGUUAGAGAUGGAUCGAAGGGGUGUGGAUCUGGUAGACGUGGCUCAAUGCUAAGCCAGUGCUCAAUAACCCAUUAACAACCAUUCUAAUUAAGGCAAGUGAGGAGAACAGGGCAGGUCCUUCUGUGUGUUAAACCAUUUCUACUGCUGAAUGAACAGCAGGUUUAACUUUCAAGGCUGCUGCUGGAUCCAUAUCAUGAAGCUACCAGAUUUUCCUGACUUCAAUUUAAUAUUACAACUCCACACUUCCUUUGCUCUCAUGUCAUGUCUUAGCAGAAGAGAUGCAGGCGAGGGACGCCGCAGGUACACGCACACAAUUUUUACAAAAACAAAGUAUGGUACAAUGACAAUAUGCAACAAACUUUGUAACUUUUUCUUUGAACUCAUGUAUGUCUUCUGUCAUGUUGAACACUGGUGACUCCUAUAGCUGGAGUUCAAAUCAAAAAGUUGUUACUGGUGCUUAUUGUGUUUUUCAAGAGGCACAAACUGUAGAUGAUAUGUUUGCAUGAUGGUAGUAAAAAAAAGGGGCGGGGGGUUAUUAAAGAAAAGAGGCUAGUUGACUAGCUUUAAAAUAGCUAAUGCAGCAUCAAAUAUGUGGAUUAGAAAUUCAAAGAAAUUAUGUUGGUUAUCUCAGUAAAAAAGAUGGGAAUGUACCAUUAACAUUGCCUUCUGCUCCUGCGGUCACAGCAACAAUACACCGGCACCUUUGAUGAAAAACUGAUGGGCAAUGUUGUCUUAAACCAGCAGAUUUGUAACUGGCUUAAUGAGGAAGACGAGGAUGACAUAUUCAGCUUUUGUCAUCAGUGUAGUGAAAAAGCAGACUGACUUUCUUUGAGGGCAGAAUCGCCCAUUCAUAUGGACUUUAAAUGAUGCCUGUGUAUUAUAGCUUUGUCAGCAAAACUACACAUUCAUGCCUUUGCCAGUCUUACUCAUCAUGCUUCCCAAAUGUUGAACUACUCCAUGAACGCUGCCUAUCCACCCUGAGGGGCAGGGCCGUACUGUAUGUGCAAUGCUGCACAAUUACAAUGGCUAAAUCAUAUUUCUUCCUCAAAUGAAUACUAUUUACAUAAUAUUUGUAUAAAUGUUAUUUAUUUAAAAACACGGUGUAACCAGCAGUGAAUUAUUACAUUGUUUAUAUCGUCUGUCAUGCAAAAAAAACAAGCUGCAUUUGCUUUUUUUGUUUGUAACUUCAGCUGUUGU